UCCGCGGUGGAGCAAACCACGGAGAGGGAAGCAUGGGGGGUAGGCGGGGUGGGGCAAUGUAUUCAUAGCAGACGAAACUAACCGAAUGUUGUUAUAAAGGGGGGGUGAGGCUAGACUCACUUGGGGAGGGAGGUGGACGUUAUUAUUUGGUAACUGACAGGGGGUGGGGCUCGGAUCUAACUAUUUGUGAAAGGGGAGUGAUGGUGCGGUGCCCGGUUUUCUGAACGGAACUCUUGCCUGUACGGAGGGGAAGGGUGUGUGCCUGUGGGUGGUACUGUUGUGAUUGGUGCCUGUGCAUGUGUACCUGUAUGUAUCUCGGUAUUUAGAUAAUUCCGCUGAGCUAGGUGGGGAGGAGAGAGGGAACAGAAGAGCGACGGGUGGAGUGAAGAUGGUACCAUUGUGAACGCUUUUUAAGGGGGGGAUACGGCUGACUUAAUUGCGAUGGGACCGGUCUAGGUGGAAAAGGGAGGGCUGGGUGGUACCAUUUGGGGGGACCUAUAGGGAGAAUUAAAGAAGUAUCACAGAUUCGAAUGGCAACCCAUUGCGGUUGAGCAGAGAAGAAUAGAAGCGGUGCCUUUAGCGGCCCACUGUAUUCCGAAGGUCGGAGGAAGAUAGGAAGCGCCACUUCAGGUUUAGGAAGGGAUGAACCUGUGGUGGCAUCAAUGAGAGGCUGGUUCUAGUGGUAUCAUGCGUGGAGGUGCCAAAUCAAACCAGCCCAUGAAGCAAGUGGUGCCAUUUUGAGCUGGUACAGGUCCCAUCUUCAGGAGUGUGGAGGGAGGGUGGCUGACUGCUGAAGGAGCAGAAGGCUGGGCCUUUUCCUGCAGAGCAUUUUGACAUGACUGUCUGAGGGGCAGCAGUUGCCCAGGUUGGAGGGGCCCAAGGAGAACCAUGAAAAAACCCUGCUGUUAGGAGACUGAUAUUUGUUCAGACAGCCCCAAGGACCCUCUCUCUGCCAUGGCCUCAAACUGUACUGGAGGCACAGCGGCUGCAAGCGCUGGCUCAGCUGUGGGUGCUGCACUCAGUGCUUCCAAGACCAAGACAAAGAAGAAGCAUUUCGUCUGCCAGAAAGUGAAACUCUUUCGAGCCUCUGAACCGCUCCUGAGUGUCCUUAUGUGGGGAGUCAACCACACGAUUAAUGAGUUGAGUAAUGUCCCUGUCCCUGUUAUGUUAAUGCCAGAUGACUUUAAAGCCUACAGCAAGAUUAAAGUGGACAAUCACCUUUUCAACAAAGAGAACCUCCCAAGCCGCUUCAAAUUUAAGGAGUACUGUCCACUGGUAUUCCGAAAUCUCCGGGAAAGGUUUGGGAUUGAUGAUCAGGACUAUCAGAAUUCUGUGACACGGAGUGCUCCAGUAUACAGUGAUAGCCAUGGCCGGUGUGGAGUUCGCUUCCUUACUACCUAUGACAGGCGGUUUGUCAUCAAGGCAGUGUCAAGUGAAGAUGUUGCAGAGAUGCACAACAUUCUAAAAAAAUAUCAUCAGUUCAUUGUGGAAUGUCAUGGGAAUACACUUUUACCCCAGUUUCUUGGCAUGUACAGGCUUACUGUUGAUGGUGUGGAAACCUACAUGGUAGUCACCAGGAACGUGUUUAGUCACCGGUUGACAGUGCAUCGGAAAUAUGAUCUCAAGGGUUCAACAGUAGCAAGAGAAGCCAGUGACAAAGAAAAGGCUAAGGAUCUACCAACCUUUAAAGACAACGACUUUCUAAAUGAAGGCCAAAAGCUCCAUGUUGGAGAGGAAUGUAAAAAAAAUUUCCUGGAGAAAUUGAAGCGAGAUGUUGAGUUUCUUGCACAGCUGAAGAUCAUGGAUUACAGUUUGCUGGUAGGGAUUCAUGAUGUUGAUCGGGCUGAGCAAGAGGAAAUGGAAGUUGAGGACCGGGCAGAAGAUGAAGAAUGUGAGAAUGAUGGCAUAGGUGGGAAUCCAAUUGGUUCCUAUGGGACUCCACCUGACAGUCCCGGUAACCUUCUCAACUUCCCACGUUUUUUCGGGCCUGGGGAGUUUGAUCCAUCAGUGGAUGUCUAUGCUAUGAAAAGCCAUGAAAGUGCCCCUAAGAAGGAAGUAUAUUUCAUGGCCAUUAUAGAUAUCCUUACACCAUACGACGCAAAGAAAAAAGCAGCGCAUGCUGCCAAAACUGUGAAACAUGGGGCUGGAGCAGAAAUUUCCACUGUCAAUCCUGAGCAGUAUUCGAAACGCUUCAAUGAAUUUAUGUCCAAUAUCCUGACAUAGUUGUCUUCCCAUUGUUGGCAGAAAAGGAGGGAGAAGAAAAGUAGAAGGGGGGUAUUAUUUCCAGUGCUACAGAAAUGCAGCCCAGUCUGCUGGGUAUGAUGUUCUGAGAGUUGUGUGAUGACAGUGUGACCUAGCAGAAUACUAACCUCUAGCUGUGGGCCUCCAAACCUGGUGGAAAAUGGGACUUUUUCUCUCUUCUAUUUUGGUUGCUACAAUAAAUAUCCAAACAUAAACCUGAGGAAUAAAGUAGUGUUAAGAUCUGCACUUCUUUUCCUUUGAAAAGAAUCACAGUCUCCAGAUGGUCAGAUGUUAAUGUGAAUACAUAACAGAAGUUAUAAAUGAUGGUUUCCUUCGAUUGAACUAUGGCUCUUUACUGAGCAAAUUGUUGCUUUCUCUAAGGAUUGAACAAGAAAUGGCCUGCCAUUUCAAGGACAAGAACUGUUACAAUGAUGCAGGAAAGCCAUUUUAAGUCAGUUAAACGAAGACUUUUUCCUUAUGGUCUUUUGAUAUCCCAGUUUCUUUUCUGCAUUGAUUGUCGUUUCAAAAAAAGUUGAGGAAUAUGAGGGAAUAAGAUGGCUGCUUAAAAUUUUAUGCAAAUCAAGGGAGGAAAAAAGCAGUUUCAGAAGAAUCCACAUUUCUAAUGGGAUGUGAUAACAGUUUCUUGGUGGAGAUCAUGAAGAGAAGGUGAGAUAACUACAUGAAAAUAAUCUCUUGAUGAGUUGCAAAUACAUUUGUCUUGUAAAGUUGGAUUACAACCUGGAUUAAGUUAUCUCUGUAAUGUAAUGAUCUACCAGUGUUAAAUUAUUCAUGGUUCAAUCUUUUAUACCUUGAUCUGGUUGUAUAUGCUAUAAGAUGAUAUUUUCCUGUUAAAAAAGGUACCACUUCUUUGCAACAUCUUAUGCUGUGAACCACUGUGUUAGAAAUAUGUUUCCCUGCAGCUUUUGAUCAUUCCAUGUUGGGAAGAAUCCAUUCUCAGAAUAUGGGGAAAAUGUAAUAAAUAAAUUGCUGAAACUGACUGCUCUUAACCACUAGGACAGAUUGUCCUGCUAAUCCAGAUUGUUGGAAUAACUUGCACUAGCUCAGUUUUCUUAAAAGAAUUCAAACUGUUCUUGCCCCACUUGAAUUACAAUGUUUUUGUAUAAUCUACAGACUAAUGUUGGAUAUCACAGCUACACUUGUCAAAACUGCUGAAGGUUUUGAAUUCUACUCAUUGAUUCCAUGUUUUCAAUAUUCUUGCUAUGAGGAGGGGUUGUUUGUAGUUUUCUUUUUUAAAAAAACGGGAUUUGGCAGAUUAUGAACCAUCAACUUGCGAUCAAGACACCUUGCUUGCUCUUCCUGAAAGUGUAUCUCACACAUGCCUUUCUUUUGAACGUGACUGUUGGGAUGUUUAUGUCCUGUGCCUUCUGCUUUGUGGGUUCUGUCUUUUUGGGAGUAUGGUAAAUGUUUUUUUCUUUCUUUCUUUGUUCCCCUCAACUAUGUGCUCUCUUUCAGAUGGGAUUUUUCCCAUUUAUAAACAAACAAAAAAAUCCCACAGUUACUCUGCAAUUCCAAAGUCAUAGAAUGGUUUAUAAAGCUUAAAAAAUCAUGGAAUAUGCUGUAUAUAGCAUAAGAUUUUGUUAAGGCAUAAAUGAAGCUAUAAAUUAGGAAUGGGAUUUGAAAGUCCUUUUUCUUUUCACCUAUGACUUCAAGGCAGAUUUCUCUUUUGUUAGAAGCCACUGUCCACAAUGUUUAGCUGUCCCAACUGAUUAUAUCAUAAAGUUAGUGUGACUAUAGGAACUUAUUUCAAAAGGCAGGCAUGGGUAUGUUGAUAUGCUGUAAAGUUUUUGAAAGUCAAAGGAUAAUUGUGCACUUGAAGUCCAAUGUGAAAUAGAACAUUUGAUGUACCCUGUCUUAGACUAAGAAUUUCAUUUUCAGCUCCUUUUAUUUUAAUUUUACAAAGUAAAUUUUGAUUAAAAUUGGUAAGCAUUAGCAUAAAAUUAUCUGUUUUUAACAUUGUUGGCAAAUAUUUACCAACCUUAUUUAGGAGUUAGUCACUGCACAGUUUAAAAGACCAUGAAAAGACAUGUUUCCUGGUUGAUUCAUUUACAGAAGAAGACAUGAGAAACAGCCAUAAUGGGCACUCAAACAGAAAGAGCAAACUCUGAACCUUUGCCUAUCCUUAUUUUCUGUUCCCUAUCUCCCAGGCCUUUGCCUCUCUCAUCUAUAUCUGUCCUUUCUCCAGUUCUUCAGUCCACUUGCAUCUGAAGUUUUGUUCUUUUUGUCUUCAGCUUCCCUCCUGAGCACGUCGGUAAUGCCCCAGUCUUUUUCUCCCAAUCCUAUGACUUGCACGAAUGUUUUGUCUUGCCCCCAGCCACCCUAAAACCCAGGUCCAUAUGACUGCAUUGGUUUCCUUUCCAUCUGAGUCUUGGUGUUCCUUUCUUUCUUGAUCAAUAUGCCUGGAGGGCAGAAGCCUGCCAUUUAUUUUUUUGUGUGUGGUAAAGCCAUGAGUGUUAGUAUAUGAAAUUACUGUAGUAUAGGCUAUAGGAAAUCACUAGUUAUUCCACGAAGCACAUUUAGCCAUGUAAACUAUUCCACAGGAUUGCAACUCUGCUGCCUGUGAGCAUUAUUUUCUACAAAUGAAAGAAGGGUAAAUUGUUUUUUGACUUCAUGCACAAUGGUGUCCAGACAAAAGCAACCCAACCCCUCAAAGCUGCUACUGGUUCAUUCAGGUUCCUCUAUUCUGUGCUCAUUGUUUAAAGUCCUUGUGUUUGCUUUGCACACUUUGUGCUUAGAUAAUGAAUUUGUCUUUUACUCAACUAUCUCUCAAGGUGAUUCAGAAUAUAUCCCUGAACUCACCUUUAGAUCCCUGCUUGAUUUUUGCUUUCUAUCAUACGUGCCAUUGAGCUGUUAGUCCUCACUGCUAAAAUUUUGCCAUUUAUUAUUACAUCUCCUCUUUGCCAUCUCCCACUCCCACAUUUGUGCCUUUUGCUAUGCUGGCCUCUAUCAGGAACUGCAUGACUCCCCUCUGAACCUGUCUCAAAAUCCUGUCUCAGCAAAGGCGUGACUGGCUUUUGCCUCUAGCCUGAUUCCAUCCUUUCUCUACUCUGCUGUCUUAAUAUUCAGCCUCUGAGCUCUGCCCUCAGGUGGUGCUUGCAUAUGAUCGUGUAGUCAUGUUUUGCAACACUUCUGUGCACCAGCUGUUGUGCAUUGGAACUGCUAUGGAGCCUUUCAGAUUGGUUUGCUUUCUGGCUGGUUCUUGGGCUGCGGGGGACGAGUGUGUCCUUUUUUUAUCUGAUGUUCACAGUGUCAACUACAAUUUUCUUUACAACCUUUCCUGUAGUACAUUUGGAUCUAUUAACGGAUGUGGGGUUAUAUUCCCUCAACCAUUUGCUUAAUGGAGAAGUUGUUCAAUGACUUGAAAUCUUCAAAAGGUACAGAAGAAGCUAGGUGGGGAGGCCAAGAAGUAUGUCAUCAACCUUUCUACGGCAGGUUUCCCCUUGAGAUGCUUUGGUCUACAACUCCACAAAGAAUGGGAUUUAUAGACAUACAUCUGGAAGGUACCUGUUGGGGAAACUUGUUACUUACCCCCACACAGGCACGUGAAAUCUACUCACUGGGAAUUUCUACAACUUUAUCAUGCCUGUUUCUUGCCAUUCACUUCCAAAAUGUUAAACUGAAAAGUAUAUUAUGUGGAAUAAGCAUAAAUGGACAGAGUUGCUUUUAGAAUUGCAUGAUAUUGUUAAUGGAAAUGUUUUGCUUCCAGGAGACAGCAUUAGGAUUUUUCCCUCCUUAUGAAUGUAUAAAUAAAUCUGGCAAUGCAUAAGAAUGAUGUACAAGGUGAAUUUUGAUCAAGGCAUUGCCUGUAAUGCUACAAGAGAGAUGGGGGAAGAGGGACACAUUCCAUCUCUUCAAAGUAUUGUUGCUAGUGUUGGCAAGGACAGCUGUGUUUGGAUCUAGAGCUGCUGAUCAGUCUUUUGUUCUUCCUUUGGAAUUGUUCCUGUCUGCUAAAAAAAAAAAAAGAAAUCCUUGUUUGUCAUUAGACACCCCAGAUUCCUCCCUCACUGGUAUCCUUAAAUACAUCACCCUACAGUUACAGCUAGUGCAAUUUUUUCCUCUGUAGCCCUAAGGAUAGCAUUGGCAAUGCAAUUUUAUUUUCAGUUCAGCAUGUCUAAGAGUCCUUUUUAAACUCAUUCAUGUGCUCUUCUGUCCCAGGUUUCUUGUCAUUCCUGUAAAGGGCAUGCAAAUUGGCACGAUUUAUCCAUCAGCUUAUUAUUCCGGAAAUUGUCCCCGCUCUUUGUUUUGUUGCAGAAGAGCCCAUGCUGGAUCAGAAGCAGAUGAAUACUAAACUGCUAUCUGGAGAUUUGGCAGUAAUUUAUGGCCAUUUGGUGCAUAGAACUGUAAUUUUGUUUUUUCUGGGCCAACUACCUUGUUUGGAAAGCUACAUCCUUGGUCAUCAAUUCAUGCAAGGGACUGUCAAAAAGCUACUCUUUUUCUUCUCAGUAUGCAUCUUUUGUUGCAGCUGCAGUGACCCCAAAGUAUAGCUAACACAUUACAGAAAGGAAGUACUUUCUCAUUACAUCUAUGAUUUUGUCAUUUUAAAAAUAUAUAUUUGAAGAUGGAGCAGAAUUGUGACUUAUGAAAGUUAGUGACCAGUUUGGAGGAUUUUUGUGCAUAUGUGUUAGUCUUUUCCCGAGUACAGACUUACACAUGUACAUUCUCAGUUGGAUCACGUCUAGCCAAAGAAUGUGUGUUGUUGAUGGUAGUCUUAGCUUUCUUCAUCUCCUAUCUUAUGGAAUGUAUUCCAUGGUAGCCUUCCCCAACUCAAUGCCCUCCAAAUAUAUUGUACUAUAGUUCCCAGUAUUGUUAACAUGCCUGUUCUAAGGUGGGAUGGAAAUUAUAAUCCUAAAACAAUUUUUAUAGUCAUCUAAAAAGUUCAUCCAUCUUCAGAGGGAAUAAUAUACUAAUAGUUUCAGCUUAGGCUACCAAGUUUGAGGAAGAAAAUCUCAACUUUGUUCAGUGUAUAGUGACUUUCACUGCAAUUAUUGAUGUAUCCCCACAGUCUUGUUACUACAGGUGGUUACAUCCAGGCAGUUAGGCUGGAAUUUCCUGCACUGGAAAAAAGAUGAAUGUGGGAUUUCUAAGGGCUAAACUGCAGUAGAUGGUGACAAUCAUCUUUAACCAUGUCUAUUCUGUUCAUGUGUAGAGGAGGGGCUAGAGAGGGUAUCAUGUGAUCAUUGGAAAGUACUCAGAUGAAAAUGGAACCCUCUUAUUAUAAAUACACAUAAAUAUUGAUGGUUGGCUAUAAGCCACAUGGUCAAAUAAAGUUUGCACUUCUUCAUCACCUAAGUCUAAGUGUGAGAGCCUGAUAUGAGUGUGUGCAGUGCCAUCCCAGGCAAUCUUUUAAAAUUGUAUUGUGAAACCAGUCCAUAUAUUACUAAACAAGAUAAAGGAAACAAGGCACUUCGGUUUAAGCUACUGUUUUUAUCAACCUCUUCAUAACUGUAUGCUUGAAUAGCAUAUGGAAUAUAUUCAACAUAUGAAUAUAUAUAUUCAUAUGGCGUUUAAAUGUAUCAUAAAAGUUCAAGCAGGUACAUACCUGGCAAUGACAAAUUUGAAUCUCAAACUAAGAAAAAAAAUUAGGUUUUCAUACCUUUUUAAAAAUAGAAAUUUAAAGUCCAAUGUGCUUAUAAAGUAUGAGACACUUAGUGUUUUGAAAUGCAUGCAUGUUACAAGGUGAAGUCUCCCAGGUGGGUUGAACAAAAUAAAAAUGAAACUUUUGUG